AAACCCCUCGACACUUUUUUUUUUUUUGUCGCCGAGUAUUCGUCGUCCCCGACGACCACGAAAAACCGCUAGGAAAACAUAUUUGGGUUUCUUGAUCCAUCCGAUUCCCGAUCCCACCACCACCCGCCGCUUUAAUACCCUCCUGCCCAUCCACCCCUCUUCCCGGCCCCUCGCCGCGCCAUUAGCGGAAGGUUUUGCUUUGCGUCAUCCAGGAUGGGCAAUCUGAUCUCGUCGGGCGCGGUGGUGGGCGCGAGCGGCGGAGGGAAGGUGGUGAUGGCGGACGGGAGCGUGCGGGCGCUCAGCGAGCCGGUGUCGGUGGCGGAGCUGAUGAUGGACCACCCGCGCCACUUCGUCAUCGACGCGCGCGACCUGCAGCAGCAGCGGCGGCACAAGGGGAAAGCUGGGGCUCCUCCUCCUCCAGGGGGCAAGGUCGCGCCGCUGCCGGCCGACCACGUGCUGGGCGCCGGCGGGGUGUACGUCCUGCUGCCGGCCACCACCCGCGGCAAGGUGUCGGCCGAGGAGGCGCGCCGCGCGCUGACGGCGUCCCGGUCGCUCGAGCGGUCGCGGUCAAUGCCGGGCCGGCUGAGGAGGAAGCUGUCGUCCAAGAAGAUGACCCAGGAGGCUGACAACGACGGCAAUGCGUCCGAGAACCACGCGGCGGCGGCGGAGGCGGAGAGGAGGGAGGAGACGGCGGCGGCGGCGAGGCCGCCGCCGGCGGACGGGUUCGAGGAGCACCGGCCGGAGUUCCUGAGCAGGGAGCUGUCGAGCAGAGGGUGGAAGCCGAGCCUGAUCACCAUCGAGGAGCGCGUAGCGCCGAAGAAGGUGUCCCAUUGGCUCUUCUGAGUUCUGACCUCGUCGCCGACGACGACGAGAUCAACAGGAAGCUUCUUAAUUUGACUUGUCAUCUAAUCUCUCUUUCUUCUCUUUUUCUUCUUUCUUGCUGAUCCUCUGCUGAAUGCUUGUCAAUUGUCAUCAUCUAGUCCGUCAAAAUGCAUGCACUGAUGUACGCAUAAUGGCAUGUUGUAAUGAGAUAGCACAAAUGAAAUGUGCACUGUAAUUACAAACUUUAAUUAGUAGGUGUUUGGAGGCUGCGUCUGAAAAUAGCUCAAAUUGAACUGGAUAAACCUCUCUGUAUCCAUAUUCUCUUCUUUCUC